ACAGUAUAUAUGUGGCAGGUAUAUCAUAUUAUAUAAUAGUAUUUACCCAAUUGAAAACCAUAUCCACUUUGUAGACUAGACUAAUGUCGACUAGGCCUGACUAAGUUACCACUUAAAUGCUCAAAGCAAGUGUGAGUCAUGCACGAUAUAAAUAACUCCGAGCCAGAGAACUUGUAAAUCUGGCUGCAUCGUUGACAUCCAUGCUGGGGAAUUUCAGGCGCUUUGUUGAGGUUUUCACUGAGGUCUCGCAAUUAACCCGUUGCCAAGAGGCACAUCAGUAGGGAGACUUUACAAACAAUGCAUUAACACAAUUAACCUUUGAAACAUAACAUUCUCUGUUGCCAUUGGGACAGAAGAUCAUUAUUUUAAUUGCGGUCCACAUUUGGAUGGCAGCAUAAUAGUAUGGGCCAAAGCCACCUUUUACACCUUUAUAUAUAUUUAUGUAGCUCAUUAUAUUAUAUUUAGUAUCCACACAAAUGUUAUUGUGCAGCCCACAUUCAGGGCCCAAACCAAAAGGUUGCAUGGUGUUGCUUUAAGUUUAAUUUCACAGGACAUUAAUGCUCUCGUGAUAUGUAGCUUUUUCACAACAACACAAUAUAAACAGCUAGCUAUUUUUAAAGAAAAAAAAACGUUUUUACUUGAUUAAUCACGCCGGUGCGUUUAACAUUGUGGUUUAUUUUAGAGCACCCAUAUAAGGUGCUUUAUUUUGAAAGCCUUGGUGGGCCUCGGACGUUCAUGUGAAAGACUCGUAGACGGUCUAUGGCUGGACUUCAGUGUACUGUCCCUUUAAGAGAGAGGAUUUGGGAGUGACGCGGAUAUGUGGACCACUUUAUCCCUCUUUAGUUCGCAAAGGAAAUUCUGGACUAACUCGAACAACAGCCACGGUGUGUCUGAAUUUAAUCUAAUAGUGAUGACGCUGGUUCACGUUUUCUCCUGAAUGAAGCAGAACCGGAAUGUGUAGCGGUUGCAAGUGAUUCGUCAGGCCGGGAUUUAGAGCGUUGAGGGCCGUCUCCUCUUCCUCUGAGCCUCCGCUGCGGGCGCAGGGAUAAACUUUGGAGUAGUUCUUUUGUACUCGACACAGCUUGGCCGACAAGCUGUAAACAUGGACUGGGGCACAGAACUAUGGGACCAGUAUGACAUCAUCGAGAAGCACACACAGUCCGGCCUGGAGCUGGUGGAGAAGUAUGUGAAGUUUGUCAAGGAGAGGACGGAGAUUGAGCAAAACUACGCCAAACAGCUACGGUAGGUGUCACUUGAAGCUAAAUACCUUCCUUUUCCUCCACUUAAUGGCAGAUUAUCCAGCUACCAGUCGUUUUUAGACAUCCUGAAUGAGAUGAACGACUUCGCCGGGCAGAGGGAGCUGAUUGCGGAGAACAUGAUGAUGAAUAUUUGCAUUGAUCUCACCAAGUACUUGCAAGAGCUGAAGCAGGAGCGCAAGAUGUACUUGAUGGAGGCCAAGAAGGCCCAACAGAGUUUGGAAAGCACCUACAAGCAGCUUGAUAAUAGUAAAAAACGCUUCGAAAGAGAGUGGAGAGAAGCAGAGCGCGCUGCGCAGAGCGCAGAGAAGACCGACCAAGACAUCAACGCCACCAAGGCAGAUGUUGAAAAGGCCAAACAACAGGCUCACAUGAGAGCGCACAUGGCGGAGGAGAGCAAGAACGACUACGCUGCGCAACUGCAAAAGUUUAACAAGGAGCAGAGCCAGUUCUAUUUUAGUGACAUGCCGCUUAUUUUCAAUAAAUUACAGGAUUUGGAUGAGAGGCGAGUACGAAAGCUGGCCCAGGGCUACGUUCUGUUUUCAGACAUAGAGCGGCAUGUGAUGCCCAUCAUCAGCAAGUGCCUGGAGGGCAUCACCAAAGCUGGCACUAAUGUUAAUGAGAAGAACGACUCCAUGGUUGUCAUAGAGCAAAAUAAGUCAGGUUUUGAGCGACCUGGAGAUAUGGAGUUUGAGGAUUACAGCCAGGGCAUCAACCGCGCAUCGUCAGAGAGCAGCCUCGGUACGCCUAAAGGUCCCGUGGAUCUUCUAGGAAAGAACAGGGGCAAGAACUUCUGGCUUUUCAGCAAAAGAAGUAAGGUAGGAAUCACUUAAAUGACCAGUUUUCCUUCUGACACUUUUGCAGGAAGAGACGGCAUGUACCAAAAAAAAGAGUGAAGUUUGUGUAUUAAUGUUUGUUGUUGGUCUCUAAAUGUUGCUUCUAAAAGUCAAGGUAGGACUUAGGGAUGGCUUGAUACAACUCUUUGUUGCCCGAUACCGAUAUUGCAACUUGCUGAUAUUACAGGACCUGCUGAUACCAAUGUCGAGCGAAUAUUUUCUUUUCUACCCUAGCAUGUCAUAGGGCUGCAGUUGCUGAAAGUUAGGUUGAGCGUUUGGACUUAGGUAUUGGAUCGGACGGUCAAUAGU